CCUGCUCCUCAACUCAUCGCUUGCAGAUACGAAUGCUUUGCCGAGCCUGACCGAACUUCUGAGGUCUAUUCCCGACACGGAUAAAAAGACAUCGGAGCUGUUUAGCUGGAUUUUAUCAUCUAAAUUCUUAAGUAUACAAAGUACUAGGAAACAAGAGUUCGAGAAGAUUCAGGAACUGACAGGUACAUCAAGUGUAGCUGUUCCUAUGCCUGACUUCCUGUUUGAAGUAGUGUAUUGUGAUCAGAUGAAUGCCAAGUUUGACGAGACCAAGGGAGAAAGGGACCUUAUCUAUGCAUUCCAUGGGAGCCGCCUGGAGAAUUUCCAUUCUAUACUGCACAAUGGUUUAUGCUGCCAUUUAAAUAGGACGUCCUUGUUUGGUGAAGGUACUUAUCUCACCAGUGAUCUAAGCCUGGCACUUCUAUAUAGUCCUCAUGGCCUUGGGUGGCAAAAAAGUGUGCUGGGCCCUAUCCUGAGCUGUGUAGCUGUCUGUGAAAUCAUUGAUCAUCCAGAUGUAAAGUGCCAGGUGAAAAAGAAAGACUCAGAAGAAAUAGACAGAAAACGAGCAAGAGUCAAGAACAGUGAAGGUGGCGACGUGCCGCAGAAAUACUUUGUCGUCACAAAUAAUCAGCUUUUACGAGUUAAAUACUUAUUAGUCUAUUCCCAGAAACACAGGAGGCCUUCUAGUCAAUCUUGGUUUUCCAACCAUCGCUUUGCUGUACUGAUGACGCUGUAUCUACUGCUGCUAAUGGUGAUAGGUGCCACCAACUCGCCAGCGUUCCUCUACUACUGGCACAGAAUGUUUGACUCCAAAGAAUGAACUAGCCGAAUCACAUGCUAUUAUGUUCACCAUGUGCCUUACUGAUGGGGAGUCGCAGCCUAUUGCAUCUACCAAAGCUCUGGAAAUGCGAGUUCCUAGAGCUUUUUGGUUGUAUUCCAACUGCGUUGCCUUCAUGACACCCUGUUUAUUCUCAAAUAGUUUUGUUUCUGCAAGUAACCAGUGAGUUCUGUAAGAAAAAGGGGAACUGCCAGUCUCAUCCUGUGGGUAGUGAAGUAAGUGAACUGUUCUGAAAAUACAUUUUAGUUAUGGACUCCAAGAAACUUGUAUUUAAAAUUGGUGAAAAUUUCAGUGUGGGAGCUCUCAAACAUGUUUAAGUCUGCCAGAGAAAUAGAUGAGUAGCGUGUAUGCGUGUCCACUGGGAAGGAAGAACUCUCUUUACCUCACAUCAAGGUAACUUGCAGUAGGUUUUACCGGUUUGAUUGAGAAGUCCCCCUCUGCAUUUCCUGAAGGGAAAGUACAGUUUCUCAUGUGAUGAUGCAGGAGGGGUGGAGGGGAAUAUUUGGGCACAGUGAUUGUAACAAAAACACUGCGAAAUAAAAUAGCCACCCAAGUGAAAGGAC